AUGGAUGAAAAGUGUCUGCCUGGAGGCCCCGUCGCGAUACCAAAAAGAGAAGGGCGGCGGCAGCGGCAAAGGCACCGGACUAUCAUUGCCUUCGUACUGCUGUGCCUGUUUAUCGCAUUCAAGUAUCGGCAAAAUAUUUCUGUAUGUGAGAACAGGCCCAGAACUUUGCAGUAUGACGGCGAGCACAUUACAUGGGAGCUGUGCGGAGACGUCAAAGGAACCCCGGUCGAAUGUAGCAAAAUUGAUGUUCCCAUGGACCAAUUCGACUCACAAAAUUCAGACGAUAGGACCUUCUCCAUACCAAUCAUCCGCAUGAGAGGCCAGAAUGCGACACAAAACCUCCUGCUUAACCCUGGUGGACCCGGAGGAAGCGGUCUGUCCCUCAUGCACCGAGCAGGAAGUCGCAUCAGGGACCUGGUUGGCGAGGGGUUUCACUUAGUGUCAUUCGACCCUCGCGGCGUUAACAAUUCAACUCCACAGGCUUCGUGUUAUCCAGACGCCUCCACGCGGCAGAAACUGAAACCCGUCAGAUCGCAGAAUAUUCAAGUAGAUAGUCCUGAGGUCUUUGCGUGGGCGCAGAACUUUGUGAAGGCGUGCUAUGAAACGAUGGGAGAGUACGCUAUGUACAUCAACACGCCACAGACCGCAGCAGAUAUGAACAGCAUACUAGAUGCUCUUGGUCAGCGAGAUAUGGUAUAUUGGGGAUUUAGUUAUGGCACACUUCUCGGCCAGACAUACGCGACAAUGUUCCCUGAGCGAUCCAAACGAAUCAUCAUCGACGGUGCGGUGGACCAAUUUGAGUGGUAUGGGCUGGGCUUUGAUUUAGCGUCAUCUUUGAUUGAUACAGACGCCGUUUUAGAUGGGUUUUUUGAUCUCUGUAUCAAGGAAGGAUCAGAUAGCUGUUCCCUGGCCUUACUCGCGGAUUCGAAAGAAGAACUGCGCGGCCUGGUUUUGUCAUAUAUGGAAGAGCUUCAGAAGCAACCCAUCGGCGUCUAUAUCGACAAUGGAAAGCAUGGGCUUCUAACUUUCGAUAAUGUCUGGUACAAUGGGGUCUUUCCAUCUCUGUACAAACCCCAGACAUGGUCUGGUUUGGCAGAUAAUCUGUAUGACCUUCUACAAGGGAAUGCGACACGGUCCUUUCUGGCCUACGGCGACACAUCGGGAUAUUUGGGUGUUGAUGAUGCUGAUUCUGUUGUCGAGCUGAAUGAUGGCCUCACCGGGCCAGAUUAUUGGCCUCAGGAUAGACAGUCGCUUCUUGAUUAUAUGCUGCCGUUUUACAAUAACAGUCUAUUUGACGCCUCCCAGGAUAAGAUAUUCUACCAGCGACAGCAGUGGUCUCUACCAAAGGGCCACCUAUACGUGCCACAAAAUAACGUCACAACAACACACCCACUUUUGAUUCUGUCCACUACAUAUGACCCUGUCUGUCCACUUAUUGCGGCUCGUUCGGCCAAUAGAGCGUUUGUGGGCUCGCAGAUCAUUGAAGUCAAGGGCUACGGACAUUGUUCCAUCGCUGUUGCCUCCCUAUGCGUGGCAAAACACUUGCGUGGAUAUUUGUACGAAGGCAAAGUGCCUGAAACAUACACGCAAUGCGAGGUAGAUUCUUCAUAUUUUGUCAGGCCAGAUGAGACCGGUAAAUUCGCCGCUCAGGCAAUAUUCGAGGACUCCGACGACCGAGAAAUUCACUUGGCCCAGCUUGAACUUGCGAGGGAAUGGGAUUUUGGAAAGCCUUACUACUUUUGA